AUGGCUACUCAGCUAGCAUCUCGGGCCCUUCAUUAUAGUUCUCCGAUAAAGAAAAGAAAGACUCGCUCCAAGCGCCGCAGUCGACCACGGGUCCUCUUGACUGCCUUGAUCGUUUUCACAUAUGUCAGUCAAACGGUCUUGAAAAUCGCCACCGAUGAUUUGGACCGUUCUCAGCCGUUCUUGGUGCAUAUGACCUCUCAGGCGGUCGUAUGGACUGCACUGUGGGUGCGACAAAGUCCUUCCAAGUACGAAGUGGCUGGAGCUUCGUUGGUCACCGCUGGUUUCGAAGUUCCACUCCUUGCGCUCUCCUUGGGUGCCAAACCGAGACAAUGGGUACCAAUCACGCAGAUCACUAUCUCAGGGGUCCGACUUGCCUUGCUUGUCUUUGUGGCUACUGCGAUUCUAUUUGAAACCAGACGGAGGAAGAGAAAGAUCUCAGAAGAGACACGCCCGUUCCUAAAUGGUAAUCAGACAAGAUAUGGCGCAGCGAAUGGCAACGACUCAGACAAUAGCAGCGUGGACUCCAAGAGCGAGAGCGAUUCGGACACCAACAAAAAUAAGAAUGGUGCAGCCGCACGCAGGAAAAGACUUCUCAAUGAGAUGCAGUCGCUUGGGGGCUGGUGGGAUUAUCUGAAAGGCUUCUCCGAGAAGAUCUUUCUGCCCUAUUUGGUUCCCAGGAACAAUCUCAAAGUGCAGCUUUGUAUUGCUGUCAGCAUCUUCUGUCUAGUAUGCCACCGUGCCCUGAAUAUCCUCAUUCCUCAACAACUAGCAGAUGUCACUGAUAGCAUCUUUGCCCACAAAGCCCCAUAUGCUUCUCUAGGAAAGUGGGCGUUGCUGCAGCUCAUCAGCGGCGGAGCUGGGCUAGGAUUGAUUGAGACGCUUGUCAAGAUUCCGAUCAGGCAGUUCUCUUACCGUCAGAUCACCACUGCUGCCUUCAGCCAUGUCAUGAACCUGUCAAUGGAUUUCCAUAUCGAAAAUGACUCGGCGGAAGUUAUGAAAUCCAUCGACCAAGGUGGAGCGCUGAACAAUCUGUUAGAAGUCGCCAUUUUAGAUAUUGUCCCGACGGUGGCUGACUUAGCUAUUGCGUGCGUUGUCUUCUAUUUGAAAUUCAAUGUCUACGCCUCCCUUCUGGUGGUGAUCGUAUCUAUUGCCUAUGUUGCGGCAGAGGUCUUGACCUCUAACUGGAACGUGGACGCCAGACGCGAACUUUCACAGGCACAGCGGACCGAAACUCGCAUUAUGCACCAGGCUGUGCAGAAUUGGCAGACUGUUACAUACUUCAAUCAGUUCUCGUACGAGAGGUCCCGCUUUGGAGAAGCAGUUGACCUACGCUUGAAGGCCAGCGCCCGUUUCGGUCAACGCCGAGCAAUUGGCAAGUCACUCCUGGAUUUACUCAAGCCGGUUUGCUUCGUCGCUCUGUCCUCGCUGAUCGUACACGAGAUCUCCACUGGACGUUCCUCUACAGGAGACUUUGUUUUCUUUAUUCAGUAUUGGUCUUCGCUCAUCUCUCCGUUGGCCUAUCUCUCCGCGCAAUAUCGCUGGCUUGUCUCUGACCUAGUCGAUGCUGAGCGGCUAGUCUUCCUAUUCCAAUCCAAACCCAGCGUCAAUGACAAAGAGUAUGCCAUGCCAUUGAAACCUGGCGAUGGCCGUGUUUCAUUCCACCAUGUUGACUUUGCCUAUGAUUCUCGGUUAAAGACUCUCAAGGACGUGGAUAUUUCUAUCGAACCCGGGACGACAGUUGCACUAGUCGGUAUGACUGGUUCAGGGAAGACAACAAUCCUUAGACUUCUUCUCCGACUUUACGACGUUACCUCUGGCCAUAUCGAGAUAGACGGGCAAGAUAUCCGCGACAUAACCCUCAGCUCGCUACGCCAGACUAUCGGUGUCGUCCCACAAGAUCCUGUCUUAUUCAACGCGUCUAUCAUCGAGAAUUUGCGAUAUGCCAGGCCCUCAGCCACGGAUGAAGAGGUCCACGAAGCAUGUCGUUCCGCGGCUAUUCACGAGAAAAUUCUCACUUUCGUGGACGGAUACGACACCACAGUCGGAGAGCAGGGCGUCAAGUUGUCUGGCGGUGAACUCCAGCGCAUGGCCAUUGCCCGGGUUUUCCUGAAAGAAGUCGCCGAUUCUCCUGCUGGAUGA